UGGGAAAAGGAUUACCCAGGCACAGAGGUAAGAGAGUCUCUCAGCCUAUUGAAGAAUGUCAUAAAUAAAGGGCGGGGCAGGGCGGGGCACACCGUUGCUAAGGUAUGCUUGGCAAGAGGCUUCCAUAACACUUCGGCUCCUGCUCAGGGUAUGCCAGUGGUGCCCCUGCAGCUCAAGUCACAGUGUCCGGUAAUCCCUGUAUAUCAUGACCCAGCUGUGCCUGUGGGUCCCCUGGCUCCUCUUUGUGUGGCAACCUUUGUGGCUACUAGUCCAGGCCACCAAACCUUGGCAGAGGACCCAGGACCCAGUCCAGCUGACUUUGGACUCCUCAGGGCUCUCAGAGUCCUCCGUUUCACACUUUUCUGAUCGCCCUCCUGGAUCACCCGAUGCCCUCACAGGGCCAGCAGAUCCUGGGGCCUUUGAUUACCUGGCCUCUUCUACUCCCUCACAAGCAUUGAUCCUGCCUAAAGAGAUGACUGAGGGUCUGGUUCCAUUCUUGGACUCGAAUUCUGCUCAAGAGCUGCCCCCACAACCAGAUCACCUUGAAGUUAUGUAUCAGGAUCUGAAUGACAAGCAACGUGGGCAACAAAGGCUCCCUAAUGUAGUUCAGGUGCUAGAUGGAGCUAUGCCUCCACGACUCAGGCGUAAGAUGGAAACUGCAGGUCUUGAUCAGGCUGUGGAUCAGUCAUUUGAAACGUUUGUUCCAACUCUAGAUAGUCUGAACUCAAAGGCAACCAAGUUGAUUGUUUCACCUCUGAAGUUGAAGAAGGAUCUAGCUCAGCAUCAGCAAGUUGCUGAGCUUGCUGGGAUGCCAGGCCAAUCUGCAAAGCCUCAGCAUCCAGAGUCUAUUCUGCAGGAUGAUUAUGAACAUCCUAGAAUGGAUACAGUUUAUCCUGACAUCUUACCUCUGGAAUUCCAGGGGAACCCACGUGAGCUGCGGGAGUCCUCUGAACAAAUGGAACCCUCUCAAUUUCAGCUAGAGGGUCACUCCUUUUCACUCCAACAAGAAGCCCCAGCUCAACAUCUACAGCACCUUGAAAAGGAAUACUCUCCCUCAACUCAGGAGGAGGCCCCACAUCAAAAACAACAGGCCCCUGAGGAGGCAAAACUUUCUUUAACUCAACAGACGGCUUCAGCUCAGAAUCAAGUUGUUCCUCAAGUUGGAGGUCAGUCAUCAGUGCACCAUGGAGUGAACACUCCAUCGCAAGGUCCAAAGGAAAAUCUCCACUCAGAUUUGCCCAGUGUCACAGCUAAGCCAGCAGAUAUGGGGCUUAUGGUAACACCAAAGGGACAUAUGGACGUUCAUCUUAUUCUAAACCAGCAUCAGACCACAGCAUAUACUGAAGGGCACCAUGAGGAGAUGAAAUCUUCCUCAACUCAAUCAAGAGCCCUGCAUCAGACCCCACAGGUCCCUGAGUUGGUGAGAUCUUCAACCCCACCAGCAGGCCCAGUUGAAGUGCUAAAGUCUCUGUUGGAGAAAAUAGCUCCGACCCCACUGGGUUAUGAGGCACAAGUUCAGCCUCAAACUCAGGAUCAAACUCAUUAUCAUGUUCCCAAUAUGACAUUUAAGCCUACAGAUAUGGGGGUUCCCAUAACUUCAGAGCCUACCAAAAAUGUUGAGUCUUCUUCAACCAAGAAAGUGAUCUUACCUCAGAUUCUGCAAGUUACUAUGGAGAGAAAACCUUCUCCCAGUAAACAGAAGGUACUAGAGCAUUAUGCUGAGUCUCCUAAACAGGCUAACCUUUUAGAUAAGCAAGAGGCCAUAGCUCAAUCUCCAGGUCCUCUUGUGGACCCUGAAUUUUUAUUCAAUGAGUACAAGCCACAGGUUCAGCAUUCUGCUUUAUCUGGGAGGGUUGAACCUUUUGGAAAACACUUGCAAACCCCCGCACAAUCUGAAAAGACCCCCGAGAAAAUCAAACUUCCAGACCAGCAGAAAAUCUCAGCGGCAAUACCAGAGUUUGGUAUCCAGAGUAUAACUCAGAGUCUGCCAGGACAUGGGAAUAUAGCUGAAGCUCCAUUGAGUCAGGAGGAGACAGAUCAACCUCCAAGUCAGCAUCAAAAUCAUCAUGAUAACAUCCCCAGUGUUACAGUUAAACCUAUAUUUGUGCAAAUUACCAUAGCUUCAGAGCCUACCGAAAAGGUUGAAACUUCUCCAACCCAGCUGGAAGUGCCAGACCAGAUUCUGGGAGCUCCUGUGGAAACGCAGGCUUCAGCAAAGGAGAAUCCAAUGGACUAUGAGGAGUAUCCUCAAUUGAACCUCCUGGUAGCCAAAUGGAAGCUCCAGCAGGGCCUUCAGAGCUCCCUGAAGAGCUCCAAGAAGAGUCUCCAGCUCAAGCCUCAGAAUCUCCUUUCCAGAAUAUAG